AGGCGGGGUUGGGCAGGCUGCCCGGGGGACGCAACCCUCUCAGGGGCGGGGCGGUUUCCUGCCAAUCACUGUUUGCUUGCCCUCCCCCUGGUGUUGGCCUUGCUGCCUCGGGGUGGGGGAGGUCGAGAAGGGGGCGAUAAAAUGGCGCAGGGGGCGGAGUGAGGUGCAGCCGUUCGCCCAGGCUUUGGCCCGGCUUCCGGAGGAAGGUGGGAGUCAAUCACUUUGACAAGUCUCCUGAAAGGAACAGCCAGCAGGAGCUGACACCUCUUUCCAUUUGGUCUCGUGGCAAAGGCAGAGAUUGCUCCAGCAGCUCCGCACAAUAUGACGUGCUCACUAUUGCCCUCUGAACAGUCUUCUGGUACCUCUCUUUUGCCUAAAGACAAUGCCUCAUUUUCUUGGGGUUCCUCGGAUGAAGAUGAAUUGGAUGACUCCUUGUUGGAGUUUUCUGAUGGGGAAGAAGAUGAUGGCCACUUCAGUUUCACAGAGGAAGAGAUUGAGAUGCUCUUGAAGGAUGAUGAUGGUGGGCAUGAUGAGUAUGGACAGAGAAAGUGUCAAAUUCUACCUGUUACUCCUCAAGAAAAUUCUUUGUACAGCUUGGGACCAGCAGCUGAGACCCCUGGCUUCUUCAAACUACCUCAACUAAGUACAUCAGUUGGUCAUGGACCAACUCCUAGUAAAUCAUUAAACAGACACUUUGUACUUGAAAAGAAUCUUAUAAAAGUAACUGUUGUUGCACCAUUUAAUCCAACAGUUUGUGAUCCUGUGCUUGAUAAGGACAAGAUCGAUUCCUCCAAAGAAAAACCUGCCUCCCUUGGGGAACAGCCGAGAGAAGAUGAUCUUCAUCCUAGUGAGAAUAAACGUUGCACUGAACUGGAAGGGGUCAGUCCCAAUAACUCUGCUUGGGAUGGGCCCCUGCUUUCUUCUCCUUCAAACAAUAACACCGAACAAACUGCCUCUGAUAAAAAUAUACCUGAAAGUAAGAAACCUACUCCUGUGUUCUCUCAGAUCUCCAACCAUUCAGAGGUACCUAACAGGGGAUCGUCCUGGAAAAAUAGUGGAUCACAUAAAUCAGGUUGUGAAAUGAGGACUCCAGUUGUGUCCAGUUCAUCAAACAGACAUGCUUUUGACAAGGAUUCUGGGGAGGUGAAAGGUGAGAGAAGACUAGGCAAAGUCAUUCCUGUUCUCCAAACCAGAACCAGGAUGUUUUCACAAUCAGAUCUAGAAAAACAGAAGGACAUUUAUCUCAACAAAGUCAUUGCUCAUAUAGAAGACCCCGAGGACUCUAACCAAGGUAACAUGGUGACCAAAGAGUGGCUUAUGAAACAUGGAUUGAGGUUCCAUGGUAAUGAGCUUACACUGGGGAGUUGUUUUGAAUUCUCUUAAAUUGAAGAAGAAGAAAACUUCCUUAUCCUAAGAUUUACUUCAAAGGCUUUUUUAAGCAGAUAAUUGUGGAAAGUGGUUUGGCUAACAAGUAUUAGAGAAGGGACUCAGGCCAUUGAUUUUUCUCUCCUAUAGUUAAGGACUAUAA